AUGGCUCAUAAAAGAGCAUCAUACUAUUGCAUAUUCAUACAGUUUAUAUUAUUUUCCAUUUAUUUUAUGCCAACUUUUGGUGACACAAAUGGUCAAAUUUUGAUAAGGUUCAAAAGCUUUUUGUCUAAUGAUAAUGCUUUAGACAAUUGGGUUGAUGAGUCUAAUUUGUGCAAAUGGGCAGGUUUGUUAUGCAAAAAUGACAACACAUUUUUUUAUGGCUUGAGAUUAGAAAAUAUGGGACUAAGUGGGAAAAUUGAUGUAGACACAUUGUUGGAAUUGCCAACUUUGGUUACUUUUAGUGUUAAUAAUAACACAUUUGAGGGUCCAAUGCCUGAAUUCAAAAAGCUUGUGAAAUUAAGGGGGUUAUAUUUGUCAAAUAAUAAAUUUUCAGGUGAAAUUUUAGAUGAUAGUUUUGAAGGUAUGGGAAAUCUUAAAAGUGUAGUUUUGGCUGAAAAUGAGUUCAAUGGUCAUAUUCCUAUUUCACUUGCUAAAUUGCCUAAUCUUUUGGAUUUGGACUUGCAUGGGAAUAGUUUUGGAGGUAACAUACCUGAAUUUCAGAAUAAUGGUUUUAGAGUAUUUGAUUUGUCUAAUAACCAAUUGGAGGGUCCAAUACCACAAAGCUUAAGCAAUGAGCCUUCAUUAGCAAAAAAAAAAAGCAGUGAGCCUUCAACCUCAUUUUCUGGCAACAAAGCCCUAUGUGGGAAACCUUUGAGCAAUCCAUGCAACAAGUCUCCAACCAAUUCUAUUGUGAAUCCUAAUUCAGCUCCUUCAACUCAAGGAAAGGGAAAAAAACACAAAAAAUUACUUGUAGUGUUGAUUGUAGUGUUGGCUAUGAUUAUUUUAGCUUCAAUGUUUGCACUUUUGUUCAUCCAAAGCCGCCGGCGACGACGAAGUUUAGAACAAAGCCAACCCAUAUUAGGCCUACAAUUGAAUUCUCAUAAGACUACUCCAAGUGUCAUAGAGACAAAAUCCAUUGAUUUGGCUGGUGAUUUUAGCAAAGGUGAAAAUGGAGAAUUGAAUUUUGUUAGGGAAGACAAAGGUGGUUUUGAUUUGAAUGACUUGCUUAGGUCAUCAGCUGAAGUGCUUGGAAGUGGAAGUUUUGGAUCAACUUAUAAGGCUAUAGUUUUGAAUGGACCAAUUGUAGUUGUGAAGAGAUUUAGGCACAUGAACAAUGUUGGGAAACAAGAGUUUUUUGAACACAUGAAAAAGCUUGGAAGUUUGACUCAUCCUAAUCUACUCCCUCUUGUUGCCUUCUACUACAAGAAAGAAGAGAAGUUUUUGGUUUAUGAUUUUGGUGAAAAUGGUAGCUUGGCUAGUCAUCUACAUGGUAGAAAUGGCAUUGUACUAAAUUGGUCAACUCGUCUAAAAAUCAUAAAAGGAGUAGCAAGAGGCUUAGCACAUCUCUACAAAGAGUUCCCAAACCAAAACCUACCACAUGGUCAUCUAAAAUCCUCAAAUGUAAUGCUAAACAAUUCAUUUGAGCCAUUUUUAACAGAGUAUGGACUUAUACCUAUUACAAACAAAAACCAUGCACAACAAUUCAUGUCAUCCUAUAAAUCACCAGAAGUCACACACUUUGAUAGACCAAAUGAAAAAACAGACAUUUGGUGUCUUGGAAUCCUUAUUUUAGAAUUACUAACCGGAAAAUUUCCGGCAAAUUAUUUGAGACAUGGAAAAGGAGAAAAUUCGGAUUUAGCAACAUGGGUUAAUUCAGUUGUUAGAGAAGAAUGGACAGGUGAAGUGUUUGAUAAAGAUAUAAUGGGAACAAGAAAUGGUGAAGGUGAGAUGUUGAAGCUUUUGAGGAUUGGAAUGUAUUGUUGUGAAUGGAGUGUUGAGAGAAGAUAUGAUUGGAGAGAAGCUUUGGCUAAGAUUGAAGAACUUAAAGAGAAAGAUAGUGAAGAUGAAUCUUUUUCUUAUGUUAGUGAUGGUGAUUUGUAUUCAAGAGGUGUCACUGAUGAUGAUUUCUCUUUUUCUGUUACUGAUAUUUCACAGGUUGAUCAUAAGUUUGAGAAUGUGGCAAUGUAG